UCGUAAUAUAAUAGUAAAGUGCUAAGUAGCAAAUUUUAGUGGACGGUUAAUGUGAAAAAAUAAUCGUUAAAUAAUGGUUUAAUAACAAUUUAUUAUGGAAAACUUGCUAAAAUAAAUAAUACAUGUGUCAAUUUGUAUAUCUACUAAGGCAUUUUUACUGUCAUUAAGUUUUCAUAAGUGUUUUUAUAAAAUUCCGGUUUCGACUCGUUUAAAAUUACUUAACAUUUUAUAGGAUAUAUCGAAUAAAAAUGGCAUCAUCCACAGAAGAUCAACAAGAAAGCCCAGAAAAUACCAUAAGUGAUUUAUUCGAUCAAGCUUUUGAUCUUUACAAUGCAAUUAAUAACACAACCGAAGCGACAAAUAGUGAUCAAGUGCAAUUGGAUGUUCGGAAAGCGAUUAAAAUGCUCGAAAAUUGUACAAAAUUGGUAUCAGCCGCCAGUAUUUUUAGCACAAAUGAAAGUUUUGAAGAAUUGCCGCCCAAUGAUAUUAAAUUUUUAUUACUACCCGUUUUAUUAGGAAUGCUACACUUAAAAAUUUGUGGUACCCAUGAUCGGAAAGAGUUACUCGAUAAUGCUGAAAUAUAUUUUAAAGAUUAUUUGAAACGAUGUUAUGAAUACGGACUUACUGAAAAUGAUGUAACCAAGAAAAAAAAAGAUUCAGAAAAUCAAACUGACCGGGAAGAAAGCGAAAUAGAAAUUAUCCAAAAAAUUGUCCAUAAUCGAUCGAAUAAGAUUAAACGAUAUCAAGAACAAAAAGCGUUGGAUGAAAAAAUAGCGUAUUUGAAACAAAAUUUAGAUGAGGAUGUUAAGCGAGAAUUUUUCACGACAUUAAUAAAAUCGUAUAUUUAUCAAGUCAUCGAUGAAUUAAAUAGUAUCGAUAUGGAACGACCCAUGUUAGAAAUUCAUCUACGUAAUCAAACGAAUAAACGCCGAACAAAUAUUCCUAAACCGCCACCAUUAAAACCGAUCAUUAUCACGAAAGAUGAAAUUCAAAAAGCCGUGUUUGGAGCUGGUUAUCCAUCGUUACCCACUAUGACUGUUAAAGAAUUUUAUGAUAAACGUGUUGCCGAUGGUAUUUUUCCUGAUCCGAAUAAACCCAGAAGUGCACCAAUGAGUUUACAAGAAAUGGCUAUAGCUGGAGUUACACCGGACGAAGAUGCGGAGCAAAAAGAGGAAGAAGAAAAAAUUGAACAAGAUGACGAGGAAAAUUUAGCACGUUUAAGAGCUAAAGAUGAAUUCAAAGAUGAAUUCCGACGUGGAUAUGGAAACCGUAUGAACAGAAGUUAA